AGCUUGCAACUAACGUCAGAUUAUUUGAUGAUAGAUACUUCCAUGUUGUAAGCAGAAACACAGAACUCAAACAAUAGAGGAAUGAUAUGGCGGUCGCUAGCCUGUUACCCGAGACAAACGUAAGGAAACACAUACUUAGUACUCUGAAAGAGGUUUAUCGUGAUUUGGAAAAUUUUCCAAACAUUGACCCAAACACUGCAGAUUAUGCUUCUUAUAGACUGGAACGUGUUGCUAUGAUUGCAGUUAAUUGUCAAGCAGAAUGGCCUAGUGUUAUUGACGAUGAGGUCAUCGAUUGUAUCGCAAAUGCAGUUCAAAUAUUGGAGAAAAGUGGGAAGGAUGCGCCUGCUAUUGUUAUUAGUGCAGGGAAAAGUGGAAGACCUUCUGUUAAUAUCCCGAAAGAAACACUAGAACUCUACCUCCAGUAUGGGUUUCCCAAAACAAAGAUAGCCGAGAUUUUUUCAGUGAGUGUUAAAACCGUAUCAAGAAGAAUCGAAAAGUUCGGGCUCCAUGAUAAAAUUGCGAAUCAUACCGAAAUUAUAGACACUGAAUUAGAUGCUAUUGUUGAUGACAUACUUCAAAGUUUUCCAAACUGCGGAAUUAGGCGUAUGAGAGGAUUUCUUCAGUCAAAAGGUCUGAAAAUACAAUGGGAAAGGGUCCGUUCAUCACUGUGGCGUGUGGAUCCAACAGGAGUACUUCUCAGAACUACACAAUUAAAUACAAUUCAGCGACGGAAAUAUUCAGUUCCAGGGACACUGGCCUUAUGGCAUUUAGAUGGUAAUCACAAACUCAUUCGUUGGCGGUUUGUUGUACAUGGCUGCAUUGAUGGAUACUCACGCCGUAUUAUGUUUUGUGAGUGCUCAUCAAACAACAAAGCAGAAACUGUUAUGAAAUUGUUUCUACAGGCAGUUGCUCAGCACGGUCUCCCAUCAAGAGUUCGAGGAGAUCAGGGUGGGGAGAAUGUCGAUGUUGCCUACUAUAUGCUAAGUCAUCCACUCAGAGGGCCAGGUAGAGGAAGUUUCAUAGCUGGUAAAAGCUGCCAUAACCAAAGAAUCGAAAGGUUUUGGCGAGACCUCUUUCAAGGCUGCCUUUUCGUCUACUACUACUUGUUCUACUUUAUGGAGGAGAAAGGGUAUUUGGCUAUUGACGAUGAUGUUGACAUGCUAUGUUUAGAAAUCGUUUUUAUACCACGCAUUAACAAUCACAUAUCGCUCUUCCUGGAUGGUUACCAUAAUCAUUCCAUAAGAACGGAAUCAAACAGAACACCAUUGCAGCUUUGGCUACAGGGAAAACUUCACUACCAGCCUGAUAACGAAGAAACUCAAUUGGACCCCGAUGGUACCGACACCUUUGGUAUUGACUGGAACGGACCCAUACCAAUGAGGCCUCAACGUCAUGCUGCCGAUCGUGUUUCAAUUCCUUCAUUCAGGCACGUAAAUAAUAGGGGGGCGUGGGGGGCGUGACGCCCCCCCAACGUUUGGAAAAUCCAGUUACAGUUGGAAAAUAUAACGGUUGACUUGGAAUUUUUUCUUAGGACCAAACUUGUGAAUUUUAUAUUUUAAGAAGUUUUUUUAUUUUAAAUGUAAAAAUUCUAAACAUUAAAAUU